CAAUAGUCUAGAAAUUUACGGAACGUUUCAGAUGAAAGGUACGGCAUGGAGCAAUCCGAAAACAUUUUCAUUGAAAACCUGCAACGUGCCAAGCACCGCCGCGACUUCUUUCGGCGGGCUCGGCCAUACAGAGGAGAACUUCCCACAGUGGCAGGGUUUCUCCUCUACCCGGACACCCCUGCCAAGAUGGAGACCACCUCUCGAGAAGCUUUUUGCUUUAGGACCGUCCUGCCACGAGACAGCGGAAAAGAUUGCAUUUUCGUUCCGAAUGCCCAGAACUCACGGCAAGAGACGCGCCAUUCCCAUGUGUUGUCCUCGAGACAAACAGGAAGUGUCAAGAGCAGACAUGUAGAGGCAGAUGAGCAAGCAGAUAUAUGUGAUGGAAACCAAGAUGCGGAGAUGCUGUCUCAGUACCAGAAGGACUUCCCGCCUCCGUCCUCCUGGCGCAGGAGGAGAACUCCGGCCAUGCCGCAGCCGGACAACAUCGGCAUCAACCGGGCUUUCGGGAUUGAAUUUGGGACGGUUCACAGGGAGACGUACCGAAAUUGGCACGACCUGAAUAUUGGACGGGUCCGGUCUACCAUCCCUGGUAGCACAAGUGGGACACUUCAUUAGCGGCUGUCCUCCCUCCCCCUGCUCCCCCUCUCGUCCCUGUCUCGGUCCCGGUUAUCUCGGCUGUCUCUGUUGUCCCGGUCUCGCCAUCCGGACCUCUCCCACUCCCUGCGUCCACCACCCGGCCACUCCUGCUGCGAAGUUCCGGCGACGAGGUUGAUGGGCUUCCGGAAGGGUCGAUCCCUGCCGCCGAAGCGCAGCUGGCCGGACUCCUUCUUGCCCCCCAGCCCGCCGCCGAGCCGCCUGGGGAUCCAGCCUGUGAGGGUUCGCUCCAGCUCGAAAUCCACGAACAACUCCUGCUGGUCGACGACCAGCUUGUUGGCGUCCCGGCGGGCUCGCACCACGGCCCGCUCCUCCUUGUACUCGACGAAAGCGUAGCGCUUGGAGAAGCCCGUGACGAUAUCGCGAACCAGCCGGAGCCGCUUAAUAUCGCCGAAUUUGGAGAAGACCUGGUGAAGUUUAUCCUCGGUGGUCAUCGGGUUGAGUCGCGCCACGAAGAGAGUGAGCAGCGGGUCUCCUACGACGCCUUUGUUAGGCUUGUAGCGGGCGCACAUCGCCCUCCACACGGCCCGGUCGUGGGGCUCCACGUCGGUGCCGUCGAUGCUCCCGGCUUUGAGCGGGUCGUACACCUUGGCGAUGGGGCUCCACUCUGCCAUGUCGUGUCUAUUUCGAUUGCUCGUGGGUCGUUACGCAGGAAACAAUGUGAAUGAUCCGCAUAGAUUCUUGCUUCCGCUUCAGCGUGCAUCCACAAAAACAAUCCGAUGGGAAACAAUUGGUCCAUCCGAUUGUUCCUCCUAUUAAAAUGACCCUGCGCAAUCCUUGAGGUAAAUUUAGAGUUGCCUUUUGAAACACAGUAUCGAUCGAUUUUAAUCGAACGUGUUACUUCAACAGUAUGUUUAGCAAUUGUUCCCAAGUAUAUUCCAGUCUUACCAUUGCUACCUUCAACAAUUCUAUGUUAAGUAUGGGAAAGGCACAACCCUUGAGAUUUGCUUGAAAAAUGAAAUGUAUAAAAUGUCGGAAAUAUACUGUAUAAUCAUAUUGUAUUUAUCGUAUGAUUUUAAAUGUGUUUAAACGAAAAAAUUAUUUGGGUAUUAUCCUGCAUGUGAAAAUAAACCAAAGGCUUUUCAAGAUA